AUGUCUUGGUUAAAAUUCAGGGGGAAUUUGGCCAUGGAAAUGAAGAUAAAGAAUAAAAAUAAAACCAAUCUUUCACAUAUUCGCUCUUUUGCUGAUAUUGUCGUAUUACAAGUUGGUAAUGUUGUUGCCAAUGAAAAAUUUAAGGAUGCUGUGAAGAGAUUGGAGGAAUUUUCAAAAUCAUGUAGAGGAGAGGAGAGAAUUGUACUUUUGAGAAGAUGGUUGAUAUCUCUUAAACAACUUGAAGGCUUCACUUCUAUAGAAAGUAAUAAUUGUAUAAGGGAUGAUCAUCAUAAAUGUAUGCACCAACAACUUGAUGAUCUUGACUGGGAUCACAUUCAGGAAGAUGCACAUUUGAAUAUUGUUGAUGUAGUUUUCCAUAGCCAUGUUGUUGAAGGAAUUGUCUUGUCCAUGAUUCUUGAAGCACCUAAUGAGGAAGAAAGUAUUCUUAUUUUAGAUAUUUUCAGACUUUCUCUAAUGGGUGGAAGGAAAGUUCAUGAAUCAAUUAUUAAUAACAUUCAAGACUUAGCAAAAGUUUUCUCAAGCUAUCAUGAAGAAGUAUUGUUAAGGCGUGAAGAACUUCUUCAAUAUGCUCAAAUUGCUAUAACUGGUCUUAAAGUAAAUGCUGAUAUCUCGAGAAUAGAUACGGAAGUUUCAACGUUGACAACAAAAAUGCAUGAAACUAAAAUCAAGCAUCAAUGUAUAAAUGAUGAUGAUCGCACGUUAUGGCAACAAAAGAACUUCAUCACCUUAGAGGCUUUGAAGGAAUCACAUUUAAAGAUACGAUUGUACUUGAAGAUAGAAGCACUCUUAUUGCACAAAAAAGCUAUACAAGAUGGUGAUUCUUUAGAAAAUCAUGCUCAAAAGGUUAAUAAGUUGAAAGUUCUAUUGAAUUCUCUAACUAAAUCUACUUUAAAAGCUGAGAGGCAAAUUUUAGAUCAAAGAACUCAUAGAGAUGAAGCAGUACACUUUCGUCUUUUAAAAGACACUGAAGUAAGCCAAAUUGAACAGGAACUAUUAGCAGAAAUCGAAACACUUGAACAGCAAAAGGAUGCCUUGGAAGUUGAAUUUAGAAAGAUUGACACUUCAUUAGUUGCAGCUAAAACACGUCUUCGAAAUGUCAAGGAAGAAAGAGACUAUUUUGAUGAAGCAAGCAGCGAAAUUCUCCAUCAUAUACAAUUUAAGCAACAAGAAAGGAGUAGAAGCAUGAAGUUCGCUCGACCAAAUGUGGGUUAUUCGAUCGGUCGAACGGGAGUGAGUGGGUCGAGCGAAAAGUGCAGAAUGAGAUAG